AUGAACUUCCUCUCGAGUGCCUUGAGCAGCUUGACUGGCACCAGCAUCCCUUAUACGUUUAAGGAGAAGGUGGCCGAUAAUGUUGGCGGCGUGUGGACGUUACACCGUGGGGUGAACCCUAAGAAUCAAGAGGAAGUACUGAUCUUUGAAUACCAGGUGAAAGAGAACCCAAGAGCGGAACCGUUGGCCAGAAACGCGUUCAAGAAACUUAAACUGAUCAGAUUCCCCCAAGUGGUGUCGGUAUUGGACUUUAUCGAGCUGGAUCAGGGCGUCCACCUCAUCACCGAACCCGUGACUCAGUUAUCUUCGUACCUUUCCACUCACGAGCUUUCUGAGGACGCCAAAGUGUUUGGCAUCCACGGCAUCGUGGCGGCAGUGGCAUUCAUCAACGCUAAAUGUAACUGUGUCCACGGUAACAUCAGUGAAUCGCUGGUGUUUGUCACUUCGCUGGGAGACUGGAAGUUGUUGGGGUUCGAAAUUUGCACUAACUUGACGCUGGAUCCUGACCAACCCAUCUACCGCAACUCGAAUCUUUUGCCUCAGUUCCUGUCGUUGGUACCGCAGAACUUUGACCACGAACAGCUACGCCAGUUCCCCACUAAGCUUGACUCCUAUGAAUUAGGUAACUGGAUUAAUCAGGUGUUUGGUGGUGCUCAAGGCGUUCCCAAGCCCUUAGCCAACGCCACUCGCAAGCUUUGCAAUGCUCUGGUGACGGUGAGACCAACUACAGAAAAGUUUGCCUCGGAAACAGCGUCUUUCUUCGAUAACAAUGACAUCAUCGGGUUCAACCGCGAGUUGGAUGAACUCAAAUUCAAACAAGCCGAUGAAAAGUUGGCAUUUUGCAAAUAUAACUUGAGCUUCUUGGAUACCGAAGACGACGUCGCUGCCCGAUUUCCUCCCGGGAUCUUGGGCCACAAAUUGGUGCCAGAGCUUGUGUCGCAAUACACUAAUUUGACCAAGUUUAAGCACCAAGGGACCCCUGAAGAGAUUGCUGCCAGACAAGAGACGAUCAACUUAUUGCUUAAUUAUAUCAUUCGUCUCGGCACCAAGGUCGACGAAGCCGUGUUCAGCAAGUACAUUAAGCCGAUCUUGUUUGAAGCGUUCCUCCUUCCUGACCGUCAAGUGCGGCUUAUGCUUCUCAACAACCUUAAUGACUACCAACAGCACUUGCUGGACUCUGAAGUGCAACAGAAGAUUUUCACGCCAUUGCUUCUGGGGUUCGCUGAUACCAAUUUCUUGAUUCGGGAGACUACACUCAAAUCCAUCACCAUCAUUAUCGACAAGAUCUCCCAGAAACAAGUCAACAACGAGUUAUUACGGGUGUUGGCUAAGCUCCAACAGGACCCGAAGCCGCUGAUCCGGGUCAACACAUUGGUGCUCAUCAUCAAAAUAUCCAGCAAGAUCUAUACCAACUCCAAGAAUAGUGUGCUCAUCACCGCUCUUUCCAAAUCAUUACGGGAUUCGUUUACGCCGUCAAAGAUGAUGGCGCUUUCUGGGUUUGAGUCGCUUAAGCUGGACUUCUCGCUUGAAGAGAUGUGUGCUAAAGUGUUGGGUCAAUUAGCCAUUGCCCUUAUGGACCCUAAGAGCUCUAAGGUGCGUAAGGAGGCGAAACGAGUGUUUACUCUCUAUUUGGACGAGGUGGAGAAGCAUGCGCUGACCCUUCCCGAAAACGAAGAGAGCGAGGACCAAGAAGAAGCCGACUUCUUCUCGAGAAUCACCCCGAACGCCGGCACGCAAGCGGCGUCGUUGGCGCUGGGCGCCUACUCGUUCGGGUGGUCGGUGGUCAACAUGUUCGUCACUGAGCAAAACGUCAAGGGGCUGAUGAACGACGACCUCAAGUCGCUGACGCCAGACCUUACGCGGGUGCUGACGCCUACCCCCUCGCAAACUGUUUUAACUCCUACUGAUGGCUGGGGUAGUGCUGCCGACGAUGACGAUGACGAUGGCUGGGGUGCCGCUGACGAUGUUGCCGUGGAACCUACGCCAAAGUCAACGACGACGAUUAAACUGGGACCGCGAGCCACUAAACCAUUGACCACGAAGCCAUUGACGAAGCUGACGACCAAACCCUCGGUGCGGGCUUCAACUACUACUAAACCAGCUACCUCAACUUCAUCAUUAAAGCUCGGGACGAAGAAACCUAUUGGCCUGACCCUCCAGCUUCAAGUCAACGAUAACGACGGCGAUGACGAUGGCUGGGGUAAUGACGAUGAUGGGUGGGGCAACGGCGACGACUGGUAG